UUGGGAGCAUCUUGCAUAGAGUUUUCAGUAGAAUGGAAAGUCUGAGUGAGCUUCAGAACCCCCUGUUAGCCAAGAACAAUGGACACCUUCACGGCAGUUAUACUUUCCACCAGCACAGCCACCAGGACUAUGCCGGCCACCGUUGUCCAGGCAAACUAUACUCUUACAUCUUCCAAAAUUCUGGCAAUGCAAGGACUCACCAGCUGCUGGAUGCCAGUUCUCUACAGUUGGCUGUUGAAGCAUUGUAUGGUCCAAAUUUUAUCCUGGUGAAAGAUGAAACCAGUGUCAAAGUCAAGGACAACAAAGUUGAGAGUUGUGAGACAACCUUCACAGAAAACAAAGAGCCCCCCAUUGAACCUUCUGAUGGGCAGGAAAUACAAGGACGAUCGCUCAUGGAGAAUGACAUCAAAAUCCAGACAGUGUCCUAUGAAGUGGAGGAGGAAGAAUUCCAGGAAUAUGAAAGUGACUCCUCAAGCGACAGUGAGAGUGAAGAUCAUUUUCUGAUGCUUCCCCCUCGAGACCACCUGGGCUUGGCCAUUUUCUCAAUGCUUUGCUGUUUCUGGCCUCUGGGAAUUGCUGCCUUCUACUUUUCUCAAGGG